AGAAUGCUUACAUCACCACGCGCGUGCUUCUUGUCCAGCAAGUAUUAAAGCAAGCCUCAUUGCAAGGAGCUUGUAUUGAUCUAGCCAUGUGCGGCCCGACGGAUGAUCCCAUGUGCAGCGAGGUGAAUAGGGUUCUAUCCUUGCAUCGUCUGGCAGAUUGGGCGCCAAUAUCCAGCUCCUCAACAUGUCUUCCAACAUUCGGGUCCCCACAAGUGGUCAACCUCACGUCGAUUAUCAGAAACCCUCCGUUCCAGGCGGUUUCCAGAUGGUCAAUUUCCAGUCCCCAGGAAGCAAACUUAUCAACGCAGAGCGUUUUACCAUGCCAUCCAACGUCCGUUCUGCCUCAACUAGCAGUGCCACUGCUGAAUUGCGCACCUCGACGUCCCCUCCCACUGAGAUUCCACCAAAACGUCCUGGCCCUCCCGAGUCUCGGGAGCUUGCUUCAGCUCAAAGAGGUGUUUCUACGCCUCCCCCUUCCGCACUUCUCACUGCGCGUGUCAUCGAGAAUCUCAGCAAGGUUGCGUACCCCAAAGGCAUCAAGGGCCCGAGGGUUGAGCUCAAUGCGAACGUCAAGGACGGCCGAUUCAGAUACGACCGUGACUUUCUAAUGCAGUUCAUGCACAUUUGCAAGGAGAAGCCACCUACCCUUCCUGCUCUCGAUGUCCUUGGCAUUGAACCCGUCGAUCGAACUUCGUUUCCCAAGGCCCGCGGUGGCUCUGGACGUCAUCGCAACGCCUGUUCUACCUCAACUAGUUGUGCCACUGCUGAAUUGUGCACCUCGAUGCCCUCUCCCACUGAGAUUCCACGAAGACGUUCUGGCCCUCUCGACCUUGCUUCAGCGAGGGGAGAUGUUUCUGCCCCUCCACCUUCUGCACUCCUCACCGCACGUGUCAUCGAGAAUCUCAGCGAGGUUGCGUACCCCGAAGGCAUCAAGGGCCCGAGUGUUGAGCUCAAUGUGAACGUCAGGGAUGGCCGAUUCAGAUACGACCGUGACUUCCUUAUGCAGUUUAUGCACAUUUGUAAGGAGAAGCCGCCUGUCCUUCCUGCUCUUGAUGUCCUUGGCAUUGAACCCGUCGAGCAAUCUGGUGCAAUGCCCGUUUCUACCAACCGUCAGGCUUCUGUAGGUCUGGGCAUUGGUGGCUUCAAGAAACCUUCCAUUCCAAGCGGUUUCCAGAUGGGCAAUUUCCAGUCCCCAGGAAGCAAACUUACCAGCGAAGAGCGGUUUUCCAUGUCCAACAACCGUUCUGCUUCAACUAGCAGUGCCUCUUCCCAAUUUCGUUCCACGGUGGCGUGCACGCCCAGCACAGGUGGGCCUGGGCAUCCCAUGCAUGGCACCAAGCGCAUACGCACUAAACGCGGUGAGAGGCGUGGUGGUACCAACAAGUUACCGAUGUUCCAGGAAGAACAUAGUUCUGGCUUUGGCGCUGCACCUAUCCUGGGCGCUGGCUUCGAGUCCGUUACACCUCUGGAAUUGUCUGCCAGCCGUUGGGUCCCUAUCAGUAUGACCCGCAAAGUUCAACCUGAUGUUGAUUCACCUGAGCUGGUCGACCGUAAGGUCAAGGGGCUGCUCAACAAGCUCACGAUGGAGAAAUUCGAGACGAUUUCAGACCAGAUCAUCCACUGGGCCAACAAGAGCGUGGAUGAGAAGGAUGGGCGGACGCUCAUCCAAGUCACCCGGCUGGUAUUCGAAAACUUGAAGGCGACUGAUGAGGCUUGGAGCGGGAUGUGCUAUGCGCUGUUGUGUCGGAAGAUGAUGGAGCAGAUCAGUCCUGAGGUGCAGGCUGAGGGGAUCAAGAACAUUGAGGGCAAGCCUAUUGCUGGCGGACAGUUGUUCCGGAAGCAUCUCCUCAACCGGUGUCAAGAAGAGUUUGAGCGCGGGUGGUUCGCCAAGGAAGCUACUGCUGCAGCCGCUGCGGUGAAGACUUCCGACGAUUAUGCAACCAAGGCUGUUCACAAGAAGAUUGGCACGAAAGAAGCUGAGCUUUGUUUUGAUGAGUACUACGCUCCAGAGAAGGCGCGGCGCCAGGGUCUUGUUCUCAUCAGGUUCAUUGGCGAGCUGUUCAAGCUGCAGAUGCUCACAGAGCGUAUUAUGCACCAGUAUGUGAAGAAGCUGCUGGCCGAUAUCGAGAACUCCGAGGAAGAGAAGAUUGAGAGCUUGUGUCAGCUGUUGAAGACGGUUGGCCAGUUGCUUGACAAGCCGAAAGCCCGCGCGCACAUGGACGUUUACUUCAUGCGCAUGAAGGAGCUUGGAAAGAGCCAUAAUGUCAGCAGUCGAAUGCAGUUCAUGCUUCAGGUGUGGCAUUUCCUGGGUAUCUUUGUUAGUUAUGUUCAUCAUCAUGAUUUUAGGAUGUCAUCGAGUUGCGCGACCGUGCAUGGAUGAGCCGCAAUGCUACGCCUAUGACGAUUGCAGCCGUUCAUGUGCUGGUAAGAUAUAAUUAUCAGAUUGGUGUCGUUGAAAUUU